AUAUACUUCUUUUUGGGAAAUUUUUUUUUUUUCUUCUUACCAUCUGGCGGGUUACAGAUCAUAUAUAUUUAUAUAUACUCCAUAUAUAUUCUUCUUCUCUUGCAUCCUAUCUCCUCCAAUUUCCUUUUUUUUUUUUUUUAAUCUAUAUAUAUUGAAAAUAAAGUUUUGGGUUUUGGGUCUAGAGGGGUUUAAUUUGUUUGAUGGGUGCAAACGUGUCUGGUGGUAGAUCGGAUUGUGACGGAGAUGGUUCUUUGUUGAGGAGGCCUAGAUUUGAUGAUAUACCGGAGAGUUGUGUGGCAUUGGUGUUGAUGCGGUUAGACCCGACGGAGAUUUGCAAUUUGGCUGGGUUGAAUCAGGCUUUCCACCGCGCUUCUCUAGCUGAUUUCAUAUGGGAAUCAAAAUUGCCUUCCAAUUACAGGUUCAUUGCAGAAAAAGCUCUUGGAGAUACAACUCUUUCGACGUUGAGCAAGAAGGAAAUUUAUUCCAGGUUGACCAAGCCCAACUCCAUUGAUGAUGCCACCAAGGUAUAUAUGUACACGUUCUCUAAUUAAUUCUUUUUUUUUAUUAUAAGAUAGAUCAAUAAAUUAAAUAUGUGGGG